UCAUCCUUAACAUCUUUCUGCAAUAUCUUCAACGCGCUUCCUGCACGCACGCGUGCGCGAAAUAAUACCGAGAUGCCGUCAUGGGUCGGCACAUUGAGGAUACUGUGGUUGCUCUUGAUCUUGGUGGCCCUUCACGAGGGCUCGCCGGCAGUCAGAAAGGUCAGGAAGGCUCCAGCCAAUUUCCGUUAUUCCAAAGAUCUAGUGGCGGCAGCUACGGAUCACGGUGGGAAAGACAGUCAUCGCGAGGAGGCCACCGGUUCGAAACAUGAGGAGGAUCAUCGCGACACGCAUGGCCACAAAGGCGACAAGGGUUACAAGGCGUUCCACGAGUUCGACAAGAUUGACAAGGGCCAUCUUGACAAAGAGAAACACAAACAUGAGUAUGACGAAGAAGAUGGCGAAGAGAAAAAAAACCACGAUGAAGCCGGUCACUAUGGCGAGGAGCAUCAUGGCGAGGACGGCGAGAAAAGUGCGAAAUUCGGCGAAGACGGCAAGCAUCAGAAAGGGUACAGUACGAAAGGGGAGCACAGCGUUUUCAAGAAGGAUGAGUACGAAAAGAAGCACGAUUUUUACGACGAGUACCACGAGGAUGGAGGAAGCGAAAAGCACGGUGGAUGGCACGAAGAACACGAGGGCAAGAAGGGCGGCCAUGAGAAGAAGGGUUACCUGCACGCCGGGCAUCAUGAGGGUCAUCACGGUGCGGGGAAGAAGCACGAGGGUGGUCACCAUCAUGACGAGAAGAAAGGUCACAAAUCGGCCGAAGGGCACGACAGUCAUCACGAGCAUGACGAGAAACAUGGCCAUAAAGGCGGUCACGCUUCGAGCCACAAAUGGUCGAAAUCAAAUCAUCAUUAACGAAACUUAUUUUUCUUUGUAUAACUACAUAAUACGCGCUUUGUUUGUAUAUCGUCUUUGUUGAGAAUUUCAUGGACAUAUCGAAAGUACGUUGGAAUAGCAUUAAAUAGCGCGGUAGUGAUCUUAUCAAGAAAAAUAAUAACAGUUUUAAUCUCAAUAAGUUUUUAAAGACGAUAACGUAAUAUCGAAACGCUAGACAAAUAUUUUGAUGUAAGUGCGAGUAUCUUGAACAAAUAUAAUUUAUCUACGUCGAGACACAUGGUGCAGUUUCUCGAACAAGUCUGCAUUAUACUUGUCAAUUGUCACUUGCUUGAUUUGAAUCAACGCGGUGAUGCCGAUCGCUGCGAAAAAAGAAAAGUGAAAACCGUGGCGUAAAUCGGUCGUGCUUCAAUGCAUGUUGCAUUGUGUGCGAGAGCUAGCGAAAUUUGUACACUUUAAGCCAAAUGCAUGGCAUCGAGACGACCUUACGAGUCCUUGUUUUUCCUAGAAAGCAAUAGAAAGAAUUUCUAUAUCGAUUUUAUGUUUGACACGCACGUAAUUAUUUUAUUAAAUAAAAGUCGGAAUUAAAAACUAUUCAUGUCACGAAUUUCAUGCUUGUUUUCUUGGAUUAUAGAGAUUAUAGAGAUUAUAGAAAUUAUAGAUGGAUAUUUUGCUGUUGUAAGUAUUGCAUAAUUGUAUAAUAUUUUUAUGAAAUAAUUAAGAUAAUUAUUCCACGUGUUAUAGAAUGAAAUCAAUUUUAUUACAUGUUCCAUUAUGGAUCAUUAUCUUGAAUAGUGCUGCUAUUGUACAUGAACUGAUAUUUCCAUAAUUAAUGUAUGAAUAAUGUUGAUACAGUCAUUGAAAAUAUACAGCAUGUAAUCCCAUCGUAAUGCAGAUAUGUUACUCCGAAAAUCGAUCAAACCGCGAUUGUCCAAUGUAUCUAUUUUCUGGUAAAUUUACUCAACGAUCAAACUUUAGUAAUCAAUUAUAGUGUGUGCAAUUGAUCUGCUGGUAUUAUACUAUGAUUGGUUUGACACCUAUCCAUAACAGUUAAGUAUAUUUAUUUAGAUGUGUUGGCACAAUUACUCCUUAAGUUAAUUGAUUUAGUGAUUACACAAUAAACAACGAA